AGAACAUCUGAACGACACUCUUGAAAACUCGGAAGUGAUCACUGGAUUCGAAGAGCUGGUUACAUGGCCUUGACAUCUGAUCUCCAGCAGAUUGCGUAGCAAUGUCACAAGAUCUAUUGGCCGAAUUUGGUGAUUUCACCCUUAAAGACAACUCCAGCCAAAACAACUUUCCGCAUCAAAUACAGUCGAAUCACAACUCAAGUUUAGCCACUGUACAAGGAUUAAACAUACAGGCAAACAAUCAGAACGAUAAUCCAUGGGAUGAAGAAGAUGACGAUUUUGGUGAUUUCGAGGAACCAGAACCAACACCACAGCCAAUACCACAACGAAAACCAGAACCUCCAGCAGUGCCCAAACCAGUAGUGCAAUCUGCAAAAGAGAUCAAACCUACACCAAAGCCUACACCGCAGCCUGCGAAAAAGACAUCUGGUCCACCAGUCAUUUUGAAGAAAGCAGCAAAGGCGAGUCAAUUACCAAGCAAUCACCCAUUUGCAGGACAUGCAGACAUCCUUUUUGAUGCAGACGAGUACGACGAGUUUGAAGAUGCAGAUGUUGUUGGCUCUUGGGGUGAUGAAGACGACUUUGGAGAUUUCGAGACGAGCGCAACGCCGACUGUCGGCAGCGGCGGUAACCAAAAACCUACGGCUCCACCAGCUCAGCCGAAGACUACGAAGCCAUCGGCAGCGACGGUACCUUCAGCCGCUGUGGACCUUCUAGGUCUGGACGACCCACCAGAGACGACGAGUAGGGCAAGCAAACCAUCAGGCCCGCUGAGUGCACCAAAGAAAGCGGUUUCGGCUUCGAAGACUUCGUCCACACAUCCCGCUGCUGCACCUCGUCAAGAGUCUACAUUAUCAAACGACGAUGCUUGGGAUGAUUUUGAGUCACCAGAACCCGCAGGACUUCCAUCCUCGUCUCGACAGACAAAUACAGCAGACCAAGCACCACAAAUCAAGCUCCCAACCAACAUCUUAGGCGACCUCACCAUCCUCCCAUCAACCACAGGCGUCGCACCAUCCAACAUCCCCCCUCCCUCUCUUCUCCUAACAAUCUUCCCUCCAGUCCUUACCUCCCUCGCCCAGCAAUUCCUCCACCCCCUCAGCACCCUCUCCCCCUCCCAAAAAUCCACCUUCCUCUCCUCUCCAACCACAAAAGCCUUUCUCGGCUCCUAUGUAAUCCUAACACACAUCCUCGGCCACAUAAUCGCAGGCCGCAAAUCCCGAUGGAAGCGCGACAAACACCUCGCCCAAAGCAUGCGUAUCGGCCCCGCUGCAGCUCGCGGCGGUAUGAAACUCACCGGCGUCGAUAAAUCAGAAACCAGCCGUGAAGAUACAGAAGUGGAAGUCGUGCUUUCUGUUUACCGUGAGCAGGUGGGGAGAUUAAAGUCUGCGAUUACGGGGGCUUCUGUGCAUGGGAGUAAACUUACGGUGCCGGAGCUGGGGAGUGUGCUUGCUGUACGUGUUGCAAAAGCCGAUGAAGGUGCUAUUACUAGUACUCAAGCUUGUGCGCUCUGUGGGUUGAAGAGAGAGGAAAGGGUGAUGAAGGUGGAUGUUGCGGUUGAGGAUAGUUUUGGAGAGUUUUGGGUCGAUGGGACAAAUAUGCAUCGUGCAUGUUUGAGAUUCUGGGAAUUAUUCAAAGGACGCCUGAUGUCGAGAUAAACCUUUGAAAGCACACAAGCAUACAGAAGAGCGUCUUUGAAAGCAUACAAGCGUCUAAAAGAGCGUCAUGACUAUCCAUAUUGGACGUCGUUAAUAACCAAUCUCAAAAUUCGACACCUUCAUGUUUCACGUCAGAUAUAAUCACUCAACAAGUGCUUAAACUGAUGUAAAUAUCGG